AAUAAUUCCAGCUGACUGGGUCGGCAUAUUCUGAGGAUGUGACCUAUAUCUCGCUGUGAUGUUUACACUUUGUUACCGUUCUUUGUCUCUGCGAGCAUAACAAGUCAGGAUGUCUGGGACAUAGAGAAAUACAUAUUUUUCUGUUUUUCUUUAUGUGUAAAGAAACCUCUUUUUAUCCUAACAUUUUUGGACCAAGAAUUUUCGGAACAACAUUUUCUUUAAACUUUUUUUUUAUUUUUCCACGACUCCAAAUAGCCGAGGCGGCUCAUACUGAACAUUUUGGAUAAGGUAUCUGGUCGGUCUAUAGGGCAGCAGCCAUGGUGUUGAUCCUAGGCAGACGGCUCAACAGGGAGGACUCUGGGACCAGGGACUCCCCCGCCGUCAAACGAAAGGUGUUCGAAGUGGACUCCAAAACCCUGACCGGUAAUGAAGUUCUGGAGUUCUCCUCCGGCUCCUCCCACUCGGAGGCCAUCUUGCAGGUGUUCAACGAGUUCCGCGACAGCCGCCUCUUCACCGACGUGGUCAUCAGCGUGCAGGGCCGCGAGUUCCCCUGCCACCGCGCUGUGCUCUCUGCCUGUUCCUCCUACUUCCGUGCCAUGUUCUGCAAUGACCACCGCGAGUCACGUGAGAUGCUGGUGGAGAUCAACGGCAUCCUGGCCGAGGCCAUGGACUCUUUUCUCAGCUACGUCUACACGGGCCGCGCCAAGAUCACCACCGACAACGUGCAGUUCCUCUUCGAGACCUCCAGCCUCUUCCAGAUCUCCACGCUCCGCGACGCCUGCGCCAAGUUCCUGGAAGACCAGCUCGACCCCUGCAACUGCUUGGGCAUCCAACGCUUCGCCGACGCCCACGCUCUGAAACAGUUGGCAAGCCGCUGCCGCUCGUAUGCCCUGGCCAACUUCCCUGACGUGGCGCAACAUGAGGAGUUCCUGGACCUGAGGAGAGACGAGCUGGAGGAGUACAUCUGCAGUGACGAACUGGCCAUCGGGAAGGAGGAGGUGGUGUUUGAGGCGGUGAUGCGCUGGGUGUACCACAGUGUGGAGCCCCGGAGGCCCGUGCUUAAGGACCUGCUGCACCACGUCCGGCUGCCCCUGCUGCACCCAAACUACUUUGUCCAGACAGUGGAAGGAGAUCAGAUCAUCCAGACGGCGCCAGAGUGCUACCAGCUCCUCCACGAGGCCCGGCGGUACCACGUACUGGGCAACGAGAUGAUGUCCCCCAGGACCCGCCCACGCAGGUCGACUGGCUACUCAGAGGUGAUUGUGGUGGUGGGGGGCUGUGAGAGGGUGGGAGGGUUCAACCUGCCCUACACAGAGUGUUACGACCCUGUGACGGGAGAGUGGAAGGCCCUAGCCAAGCUCCCAGAGUUCACCAAGUCAGAGUACGCCGUCUGUGCCCUGCGUAACGACAUCCUGGUCUCAGGGGGUCGUAUCAAUGGCAGAGACGUGUGGAUGUACAACUCCCAGCUCAACCUGUGGAUCAGAGUGGCUUCACUCAACAAGGGACGCUGGAGACACAAGAUGGGCGUCCUACUGGGGAAGGUCUAUGCAGUGGGAGGGUAUGACGGCCAGAGUCGUUUAAGCAGUGUGGAGUGCUAUGAUUCCUUCUCUAACCGCUGGACAGAGGUGGCUCCCAUGAAGGAGGCAGUCAGUUCCCCGGCCGUGUCCAGCUGUGCUGGGAAACUCUUUGUCAUCGGCGGAGGGCCAGACGACAACACUUGCUCUGACAAGGUCCAGUGCUAUGACCCAGAGGCAGACACCUGGGCACUAAGGGCAAGCAUCCCCAUCGCGAAGCGCUGCAUCACGGCGGUCUCCCUGAACAACCUGAUCUAUGUGUCAGGAGGUCUCACCAAGUCCAUUUUCUGCUACGACCCUGCAGAGGACUACUGGAUGCACGUGGUGCACACCUUCAGCAAACAGGAGAGCUGUGGCAUGUCUGUGUGUAAUGGGAAGAUCUUCAUCCUGGGUGGGCGGGGUGAGAACGGAGAGGCCUCAGACACCAUCCUGUGUUACGACCCGGCAACAGGCAUCAUCACCGGGGUGGCCGCCAUGCCUCGCCCCAUCUCCUACCACGGCUGUGUCACCAUCCACCGUUACAACGAGAAGUUCCUCCACCGGCCCUGACCCCACACACACACACACACAGAAACACACAGGCUUAUACAUAAACACGCUUUCAGACACACUGAGAAAAAAAAAUGCAUUGAGACACACUCUCUUUAAAAAGGCUGCAAACAGACAUGCACGCAUAAUCACCCCACUCACACACACACAUUCUUUAUUCAUCUCAAGAAGCAACUUGUUUAGAAAUUCAGACCACCUACAGCCCCAGUUUCUGAUUAAAUUAUUCACUCAUUGUCCUAUGUAGCAACUGUCUCUGUGGUUGGUAUCAUGGAAUUCCUGCUAUGCUACUGCAGAUCCAUCUCUGUCAGUUGUUGUUUUCUGGAGAACCAAAUCACAGACCAUCUGUUAGGCCUCCAGAUGCUACAUCAGUAUGUCAGCAUCAGUGUGUAGGCUGUGGGCAUUCCUGGGCCAGUAGCAGCUCCUCAGCUGCUCUUCCUAAGAACCAGAGAUUCUGGUCUUUCAAAAUAAACAAAGUGUUGCUUUUCGAGAUGAUGUAUGUUGUCAGGUGCUGACAGGGAAUAGUGAUAGUAAUCAAGAACAAAUCUCUGAUUCAGACUUGAGGGAAAUUAAUAUGAACCUAGCUCUGACUGACUAGGGGGUGGUACAGGAAGGGUUUUAAAAGGCAAAAGGUUAUACUCAUCACUCCAUUGGCUGUAUUCCAACUGUCUUAAAAUGGCCUUAAAAUCACUUGAUAGUAUCAUGGAAACUUGUAA